UCGGGGACCAAAAAUUGUCGCAGAACGUCGCUCGAUCGGAAAAGACGUCCAUCGUCGCGCGCGCGGUCCGUGUCGUGUGUGGUGUAGGUAAUCGCGCGCGCAUCUUCUCCUCUUAGCUCUUAGUUUAGUUACUCAUAUACUAGGUGUAGUGGUCGGUCGGUCCAACGAAAUAUAGCGCCGCGCACCAUAUUUUUAGUUAUUUAAGGAAAUUUUUCGCUCGGCUUAGAAAAUUUUCACAAACGGUGGCAUUUUUCCGCGCGCGUAAUUCGAUAUUUAUCUGAUUGCAUCCUACCUACCUGGAGCUGCAUUUGUUUUGUGUUCCCGAAUUUUUUAGUGGAUUAGUGAUAGUGUAGUCUACGGCGAUCGAAGAAGCGAUAUGAUUUAAGCCGAUCAAAGCAGGCCAGGUGGAAAAGAUCGGAAUUUGAUCAAAGAUGGCCGUGUGCUUUCGGUUGUGGUUCCUGCUGGCGGUCGUUGCCUUGGUGAUUGGGUGUCUGGUGACGAGUGGCGAUGGAUUCCGGUUACGUGACUCCGACGUGGAUGAUAACCAGAGGGCAAUGGUUGCGUAUGCCAAGAGGAAGAUUCAAGGCAGACGCGGGGUCGUAGAGGAGGUGAAGAAACGUGUGGUGGUUGAUCAGGACGACGACGACGAUGAUGAUGAGGAUGAUGAGGAGGGGAUCGAGGAUGACGACGACGAUGAUGAGGAAGAGAGAGCUGCUGAGAGCAAGUACAAGUUUGAGAAAGUGCGUAAGAGCUACAGGUUGUCUCCAGUGCAGAAGAAGAAGGCAGCGGGUAGGAAGUAUAGUUAUGACGAGGAAGUGAAAUCACAGAAGAUCAAGGUGAGAUCGGUGAGAGAUGUUAUUGAUACGGAUGACGACGACGAUGAUGAAGAUGAUGACGAUGAAGAAGACGAAGAAGAGAAAUCGAUUUUCAACCUUUUUGGAUUGCUCGGAUCUAAGAAGAAUAAGGAAGACGAGGAUGAUAAGGAGAAGGAUCAAGUGGAAGACAAGAAUGAUGAUGGCGACGAUGACGACGACGAAGAAGAUGAAAAGGAAAGUGGGGGACUGUUUGGGUGGUUGAAGGAUCUUACAAGUAAGGAUUCCGGAAAAGAAGAAGGAGAUGAGAAACAAAGCGAAGUUGAUGAAGAUGACGACGAAGAUGAUGAUGAGGGAGACAAAGAUGGAGGUGGUAUGUUUGGGUGGUUGAAGAAGCUAUCUGACAUUGUGGACAAUGAUGACGACGAUCGUGAUAAAGACGGUGAUAAUGAUGAUGAUGACGACGAUGAUCACGAUAAGGAAAAGGAAAACCCAUUGAUCAAUUUUGUCAGUAGUCUUUUGCAAUCGGAUAAAGAAGAUACAAGUGAAGAGAUAAAGUUUCCUCCAGUAGGCGAUGAAGACGAUGAAGAUGAAGACGAUUCAACGGAGAAACCGAAGCAAAAGAAAUCCAAGGAUUCCAAAAUUGUUCAACUGCUCAACGCAAGCCCAUUAAACACGUUGUUCAAAUCCGGCGACCUCCCAUCGGAGACUCCAAUCGAUACUGACCCUAAGAAGAUCAAGAAGCUGCAACACACUCCAUCCAAGGUGGUCAAGCAGCGUAUCGAGAUCUCUCCCGAAGACUUUGAGUCGCUACUGCUCCGCAUCCCCUCCUUCGUUCCGGACUACUCCCGCCUAAAGAAUAACGAAUGCCGUCGUCAGGGACAGAUCUUUCAGCGUCAACUACGCGGUAAGCGUCUUUGGGCACUGCAGAUGAUCGACGCCAGCGCCAAGGUGACUUCCGGUCUGCUUCGAGGCAAUGCCAAUCAGUUGGGAGACUAUGAUCUAUGCACCGGCAUCGCUACCAAGGUUAAGGUGAAGGAGGAUGAACAGGUCCGCAUGAGAGGCAAGUACUGCUUGGCACACAUCGAUGUGGUUGCUGAGGACGAUGACCUGAAGUUGCCGGUACAUCUGUUGCAAGGUCGCGGUUUCAUCAAGAGUACUCUGAACGACCCAGAUCAUUUCCUUCCGCGCUUCACGACCAUCAAUUGGGGUAUCUGCCUUCCGGCGGCAUGCAGCUACGAGGAUGCCGGCAGUAUCGUGAAGAACUUUGUGAAGCCGUACAACACUACCGGGAUCAAGCUUUUCCUGGAGAUCGAAGAAGGCAAUUGUCACGUACGCCAGACAUCUACGUGGACCAAGCUGUUCAAGGAGAACUGGCGAUUAGUUGCUUCACUUGGCUUCUACACCUUCAUUGUAGUCGUGACCGUAGUGGCUUCCAUGAACGACUUUGGCAUAAUCCAGAUUGAACCCCAUCCAAAGGUUCCCACCGCGCAGAAAUCUACCAACGAAAACGCUGAAGAGUGUACCACCCCUAACGAAGAACCCAACCUGCUUCAUCAGACCCUAAUGUCCUUCUCGGUUAAGCGAACCUUCCGUCAACUGAUGGGAGGUGAGGACGAAACUCUCGCCGGCAAGGACGUCGUAGGAUGCCUCUCGGGGCUACGUGCCCUUGCAACGAUCGCCCUAUUCUGUGCCCUCCGGCUGAUCCCCAUGGGGUUCCAACCGUUCACCAAUCGAAACGAAUUCACCGAGAGUUUCAACACUCCCUGGAGCGUAGCUCUACGGGUGUUGAUGCUCUACGCCGACGUCUACCUGGUGGUCAGCGGUUUCCUGGCUGCGUACCAUAUGGUUGGCGAGUAUCAGCAGAAGCAGAAGGUUGCCUGGUUCCGCCGAAUCGUCGGACGUUAUCUGAGACUGACUCUACCACUAAUCCCGGUGCUGAUCUUCUAUUCUGUCGUAUGGGAACACCUUGGUAAUGGCCCCCAGUGGGGAGACGUCGUCGUCAAGAACGCCGAUCUGUGCAAACACAACUUCUGGAACAACAUCCUGUUCGUCCAGAAUUGGUACCCCGUAGAAGAAAGCUGUGCUCCUCAUACCUUCCAACUUGCCGUUGAAAUGCAGCUAGCCAUCCUAGCACCACUGCUCUUAAUCAUCCUGACUGCAAACCCAUUCUACGGCAUCGGUGCGUUUGUCCUGCUUCACGGUCUUUCCACGGCCAUGCGCUUCACCUCAACCACGGAGGAUCGCCUCUCGCCAUACAUCUACCACGGCAUCCGCCUAACCCAGAUCUACCGCACCGUCAACUUGAGCUUCUCGGAAACUCUGCACCGUGCCACCCCCUACCUCGCAGGCUUCGGUCUGGGCUAUCUCCUGCGAGAAGGCGACAUCCGCAAACAGGUUGAUCGGGGCAUCCGCAUGAGCGGUUGGAUCGGCAUGGCGAUCGCCCUCGGAUGGUGCUUCGUGUUCCCGCUGAGCACCGCGGAGAAGGAGUUCCAGUACGACAUCAACGAUGCGGCCCAGUACGCAGCCUUGGCGCCGCUCUCCUGGGCGCUUUCCAUCUGCUGGGUGAUCUACUUCUGCGAGACCCACCAGGCCAGCUUGCUGAAUCGUCUGCUCAGCGGCCGCAUGAUGACAUUCCUGAGCAAGAUCUCCUACUCGGUAUCGUUGAUUCAGUUCCUGGUGUUCUUCUACUUUGCCGGAUCGACCCGAGGCAGCGAGGUGUUUAGCUGGUCCGGGUACCUGAAUCGCACGGAGAUUUGUCUGCUCGUCUUCGGAGGCACCCUAUUGACGGUGCUGUACGAUCUACCAAUUCAGAACAUAAAGGCGAUGCUCGAUCGUUCGGGAGUGUUCGACCGGAUGGAGAAGAAGGACAAUUCGGUGGUGGUGCUGACACCUCCGAAGGAAGAAGGACAAGAAGAGGUCACUCAGAACGGAACCGAGAAGCCAGUGGAAAAUGGAAGCGCUGCCAGUCACGACGAGAAGAAGGAGGAAUCGAAGAAGGCUGAGGACGACUUCGUAAGUCCGUUCGAUGACCGUGACGAUGAUUUUGUGCCGCGGCAGGUUUGGAAGCGAAAGACACCGGAGCCGGAACAGAAACCUGCUAGCCCUACCAAAGGUUUCUGGGAUGAUCAUGAAGAAAGUGAUGCCCCAAGAUCCGCCUUCAAAGCCCCGUCUCCGACGAAAACCACCAUGGAGCAGGUAAGCGAAGAGGAGGAAGAGGAGAUCGAAGAAAUCGAAGUCGAGGAAGUCGAAGAGGAGGUGGAAGAAGAAGAAGAAGACGAAGAAGAGGAGGAAAUCGACGAGGAGAAGGAGGUGCUUCACAGACCAACGGGAGCGCAAUCGACAGAAGUAGAGGUAAAACCGGAACCGGAGAAGCCGGAACCCAAGACGACCGCGACCACGACUAGCAGCUACAGUAGAAGUUCCUCGUACAGUCCGCCCUACGUGAGGCGUCAGUGGCGGCGUACGUGGGAUGAUUAGAUGGGAUUCACUUGCCAACGGGGAACAACGAUUUUAUCACGAAAUUUGGAACAAUGCAGAAAAGACAUAUGAAGGUAGGUACGAUUCGACGAAGUUUUACUCUAAAAGCUUUUAAGGCAUCUGAAUUUGACAAAUGCAUACAAUUACUGUGACCAAAGAAUGAGGUUGCUCUUUG